AUGUACCGAUACAGCGGGCAUACGACAGCAGCAUACGAGUCGCUAAAGUAUCGCAUACCUAACACCCUCUGGCCCCUUCCUUCCUUUUGUUUUCGCCGGGUUGCCGCAUUGUCUCGAACGGAAACGAAGCUAGAUGAGGGGAAGGUCUGGACCCGUCUAUUCUUGUUGGAAAUUUGCUGUCUACCUCAUCGUUGUCUGAGGGAAGGAAUCCCCCGGUUGAGAUGGAGGGGGAAGGAAGGGGGGAGGUCAAGAUGGAUAAGCAUGGGAGGGAAAGAGUUAGGUAGGCCGCACCAGACGUUGAUAAAUCUUGGUUGCUGCCUCGGCAGGGUCACAUUUCUCGAUCUUUUUCUCUCUCUUUCCAUUGCUCUUGGAUUUUUUUUGUACCUUCCAGGUCUCGCAAUCCGGUCGCGUCAGGGCUUGCUUUGCUGCCCCGCGUGCCCUCCGUCGCGUCUUUUGGCCGGAACAACCUCAACCUUAUCUUACCUCCUUGUCCUUGACUGCUACAGACGACCUGCUCGAUAUUUCUCAACUGCACCUCGUUUUUCCAACUACUUCGGCGUCUACCUACGGAUACCUACUUUCCUCAAGAAAGUGUAUUUUCAUAGGCUGGAUUUGUCCAACGGCCAUUCCAGGCAGCCCCGAGCUGCAUCAUUGUCACUCGUUCUUCCCUCGUCUUUUUCACCGCCCACUCUUCUUCCGCACCCCAUUCCAUCGCCAGCACAACAAUAA